AACAUCUAUGGAUACAAGCCUUGUGAGCAUAAGGGAUAUGGAAAGAAGCAAUGUACCUUUGCACAGAAGAGUUUUCUUCAAACAUAUGAAAGAAUCUGUUCUGAAGAGAAACCCUAUGAAUGCAAUCAGUGCAGUAAAGCCUUUGCAAAUUUCCGUAGUCUUCAAAAACAUGAAAAAAACCAUACUAGAGAAAAACCCUAUGAAUGUAAUCACUGUGGUAAAGCCUUUCCAAGUCGCAGUGCUCUUCAAAUUCACCAAAGAACUCAUACUGGAGAGAAACCCUUUGAUUGCAGUGAAUGUGGUAAAGCAUUUGCACGUCACAGUAAUCUUGAUAUACACAAAAGAACUCAUACCGGAGAGAAACCCUAUGAUUGCAAUGAAUGUGGUAAGGCCUUUUCAACUCGCAGUCAUCUUCAAAUACAUGAAAUAAUUCAUACUGGUGAGAAACCCUAUGUAUGUAAUCAGUGUGGUAAAGCCUUUGCAUAUCGCAGCAAUCUUGAAGCACAUGAGAAAACACACACUGGAGAGAAACCCUAUGAGUGUAAUCAGUGUGGCAAUGUCUAUGCAAGUCGUAGUAGUCUUCGAAAUCAUGAAAAACAUCAUACUGGAGAAAAACUCUAUGGAUGUAAUCAAUGUGGUAAAGCCUUUGCACGUCGUAGUAGUCUUGAAAUACAUGAAAGAACUCACACUGGAGAGAAACCUUAUGUAUGUAAUCAGUGCUGUAAAGCUUUUGCACGUCGCAGUAGUCUUCAAAUACAUGAAAGAAGUCACACUGGAGAGAAACCCUAUGAAUGUAAUCAGUGUGGUAAAGCCUUUGCAAGUCGUACUAGUCUUCAAAAUCAUGAAAAACAUCAUACUGGAGAGAAACCAUAUGGCUGUAACCAAUGUGAUAAAGCUUUUGAAUUAAAGUGUGAUCUUCAAAUUCAUGAAAGAAUUCACACUGGAGAGAAACCGUAUGUAUGUAAUCAAUGUGGUAAAGCCUUUGUAAGUCGUCGUUAUCUUCGAAAUCAUGAAAAACAUCACACUCUUGAGAAACUCUAUGAUUGUAGUCAAUGUGGUAAAUCCUUUGCAAUUUUCAGAUAUCUUCAAAAACACAAAAAAACUCAUACUGGAGAGAAACCAUAUAAAUGUACUCAUUGUGGUAAAGCCUUUGCAUAUCGCAGUAAUCUUUAUAGACAUGAAAGAAGUCAUACUGGAGAGAAACUGUAUGAAUGUAAUGAAUGUGGUAAAGCCUUUGCAUAUCAUACUAGUCUUCAUAAUCACAAAAAAUGUCAUAUUGGAGAGAAUCCUUACGAAUGUAAUUGAUGCAGGAAGUUUUGGCACAUCAGCUCAUUAAAGAACUUAUACUGGAGAGAAACCCUAUGAAUGUAAUCAGUGGGAUAAUGCCUCUGCAUCUUAUAGUCUUCUUCAAAGGCAUGAAAGAAGCCCUACUGGAGAGAAACACUAUGAAUCUAAUAAGUGCAGUAAACCCUUGCACACCAAGCAUAUUUUCUUUUUGUCACUAAACAUCUAACUGGUGCUCAUGUACAAUUAAUAGAACCGUUUCAUCAUUAAAUUAUUGUCUUGUUUUCAAAUUGUAUACAAAUUGUCAUUCAAGGAUAGAGGAACACACGAUAUUUGAAUAAUAAAACCUAUUUGCAAAUGAAAAUGAUAUACUGCCAUCUAUUUUUGUUGGCUAUGUUUUUUUUCUGAGGAGUAA